UGCUCCUCCUUUCUUAUGUUCUUAUGGUUGUGGUUUCAGGCAGAGAACAAGGCUAGUGCUCUGGAGGAGACCAAGAACUACACCACACAGUCUUUGGCCAGUGUUGCCUACCAGAUCAACACUUUAGCUUACAACUUCCUGCAGAUGGUUGAACAACAAGCACACCAGCUAGCUGAGAUGGAAAGCCAAGUCAACUACAUAUCACAGAUGGUGAUGGUGCAUAAGGAGAAAGUUGCCCGGCGAGAGAUUGGCGUUCUCACUACAAACAAGACCACCGCCCGACAGUACAAGAUUUUAGCACCGGCCAACACUGAGAAACCAAUUAAAUACGUAAGGAAACCAAUUGAUUUUACAAGUUUGGAUGAUGUCGGUCAUGGGAUACGUUCAUCGUCGAGCAGUACUCCUCGGUCACGGCGGUCCACCAGCAGUGUUGGAAUGCCUCCACCACCUGCCCACCAGCAACCACCCACCUCAGCUGGACCAGCUCCAACCACUAAGCCUCCCACUCCUCCCCAGGCUAACAGAUCGGUCAGCAGCCUCUCUCGUGGUUCACGCGAGUAUCGUACACCACCUGCAGUUGCUCCACCUCAGAAACAAAUAAACAAAAUUGAAAAAGACCAAAGACGGGCCACAAAAUGUAUUCCAGAGUUAAGAAAUAUAAGUAGCGAAGAGAGACUGAAGGCCCUGGAAAUGCCCUUGUUGGAGGACAGGAGAAACGUAAGUAAAUUUGUUGACGUUAAAAUAUACACUAUGUUAGGUAUGAAGACUGUACACAUUAGUAGGAGACAUAGCUGGCUGGUAGCCAGCAGCCAUCCAGGGAGGUACAACCUUCCUGUCAUGUGUCAAACACAUACCAGGUAGUAGGUUGGUAGCCAGCAACCAUUCAGGGAGGUACAACCUUCCUGUCAUGUGUCAAACACACAUACCAGGCAGUAGGUUGGUAGCCAGCAACCAUCCAGGGAGGUACAACCUUCCUGUCAUGUGUCAAACACACAUACCCGGUAGUAGGUUGGUAGCCAGCAACCAUCCAGGGAGGUACAACCAUCCUGUUAUGUGUCAGACAAACAUACCAGGUA